UUCGUUGACUCGCGCAGUCGCAGUCACAACCGCCAGUCCGUCGAGACGAGAAAUACAGCCAAAAUUCAAAACGUGGCCGGUCGGUCGUCGCGCAUGCGCAAGACAAAAGUAAAAAAAAAAUAUAUAUAUUCAAUUAAAAUCCCUCUAUGUGUAGGGACCAUUUCAUCAGUUGUCAGCCAACAAAUUACAAAACCGGAAGUAGAAGUAAUGUGAAGAUGAGCCCGCAGCUGACCGUAAGAUGAUCGAGGCCUUUGCGAAUCAUUUCAGCAGCCAUCUGGGACGCCACCUCUUCUACUGGGCCAUCGAAUCGAGCAGCGCCACCUCGGGUAACUACGGCCUCAACCUGCGGCUCUCCGAGCUGAUCAACAAGUUCCACGGCCCCCUCGAGCGGGGAGUGCAAGUGCUGGACCACCUGCUCACCCUCGAGGAGGACGAUUUCGCCGGCCACUGGGGCAGCGCCUACGCGCACAACUAUGAGCCGGAGUACGCCGCUCGGGUGCCGGAGAACGAGGAGCUGCCGCCUCCAGAACACAUGGAAACCCUGAACAAUGGCAACGGGCUGCUCCACUCGCCGCCCCACAAUCACCAGCAGCAGCAGCAGCAACAACAGCGAGGCGGAGGAGGAGCAUCGCCAGCUGGAGGCGGAGGAGGUCCCUCUGCCGCAGCGGAUCACAAUAUCCAGAUAACGCAGCCUAUCAGUGCUCCAUCCUCGCCGUUGGCUUCACCGGGCGCCCUCAACAGCAGUGGCAGCAGCAGUGGUGGUGGUGCAGGAAGUGCCGGAGGAAUCUCCGGCAGUCCCACCGCCUUUUGUCUGCCCUCCAGUUCCGCAGCGGCAGCGGUGGCUGCCAUUUCCGCUACGCCCACCAGUGGGAGUGGAUCGUAUGUGUGCUCUGCCGGAACCAAUUGGCAUUUCGCAGCUGUGGCAGCAUCCAACGCCAUCGAUACGGCUGAUCCCAACUGGCAGGCCAGCAAGGCGACGGUCCUCGAGAGGAAUGCAGCCAUGUUCAACAACGAACUCAUGUCCGAUGUCAAGUUCAUUGUGGGCGGAGAGUUCGACAUCGAUCCCAUUCAGACCAUUCCCGCCCACAAAUAUAUUCUCGCCACGGGCAGUUCCGUAUUCUAUGCUAUGUUCUAUGGAGGACUGGCGGAGAACAAGCAGGAAAUCAAAGUGCCUGACGUGGAACCCACUGCCUUCCUAACGUUGCUAAGGUACCUUUAUUGUGAUGAAAUCAAACUGGAACCUGAACACAUUCUGGCCACGCUCUAUGCAGCCAAGAAGUACAUUGUCCCGCACUUAGCCAGAGCAUGCGUCAACUAUCUGGAGGUGAAGUUGACGGCAAAAAACGCCUGCCUACUUCUCAGUCAAUCGCGUCUGUUCGAGGAGCCCGAGCUGAUGCAACGUUGCUGGGAAGUGAUCGACGCCCAGGCCGAGAUGGCGGUUAAGUCCGAGGACUUUGUGGAUAUUGAUCUCAAGACCUUUGAGUCAAUUCUUUCGCGAGAGACACUCAACUGCAAGGAGAUACACUUGUUCGAGGCGGCCCUUAACUGGGCAAUGAACGCCUGCGAGAAGAUGAGCAUCGAUGACACGCCGCAGAACAAGCGCCGGCUGCUGGGACAAGCGCUGCACCUCAUCCGCAUUCCCACAAUGUCGCUGGAGGAGUUCGCUAACGGCGUGGCCCAGACAGGCAUUCUUUCGUCGCAGGAGACGAUCGACAUGUUCCUGCACUUCACUGCCAAGAUGAAGCCCUCCCUGGGCUUUCCCACACGCUCCAGGGCGGGAUUAAAGACCCAGGUCUGCCAUCGCUUCCAGUCGUGCGCCUAUCGCUCGAACCAGUGGCGCUACCGCGGGCGCUGUGAUUCAAUUCAGUUUUCUGUUGAUCGAAGAAUUUUCAUUGUGGGUUUUGGACUGUACGGCUCGUCGACUGGUGCUGCCAACUACAACGUAAAGAUCGAACUUAAACGCCUGGGCCGCACGCUUGCAGAGAACGACACCAAGUUCUUCUCGGACGGAUCAAGCAACACGUUCCACGUCUUCUUCGAGAAUCCCAUCCAGAUCGAGCCCGAGUGUUAUUAUACCGCCUCCGUAAUUCUCGAUGGAAACGAGCUUAGCUUCUUUGGCCAGGAGGGCAUGUCCGAGGUGCUAAUGGGCAAUGUGACAUUCCAGUUCCAGUGCUCGUCGGAGAGCACCAACGGCACCGGAGUUCAGGGCGGCCAAAUCCCAGAGUUAAUCUUCUACGGACCCACCACAGUGACAGCAAUGAGCUCGCCCACCAAUUCACUGUGUCCCACGCCAAUUGGUGGCAGUUCCUCCAAUGCAGGAGCGACUUCAACCGCAGCAGCCGGAACAGCUGUUCCGAAUAGCAGCAAUGGAUCUGGCAAUAACGCCAACAGUUCUGGGGAGGAUGGCGACGGAAGCACCUGAUGCGCACAGCUCUAUUGCGCCGAGUGGCAGGGAGCCUGUUACUACCGCCAACAGCAGCAGCAACAGAGGAGACCAACACAACAAUACAAAACACAGCAACCGCAAAAGAUACAGAUACAAAAUCGAAACUCAUGGGUUUUCAGUGCAGCACAAGAAAGUAAAUUGGAGUUUUAGGCUCAUAUAUAUAUAUAUAUAUAUAUAUAUAUACCAAGAUAGUAGAGUACUCUAGUUUUCAUAAUAGUCCUAUAUAUAAACAUAUAUAUACACGUCAAAGCAUAGACACAUAUAUAUACACCUCGGCAGUGCGUUUUAAAACUCCAAGACGAUUGUCAGUACGUGAUCAUCUCAAAAAAAAAAGUCAGCCGAUGCAAGUCAAUCGAUAUAGGAAAUUUGCUAUAAUUGGAAAGUUUCCUUCGAUAUCCCAAGUAUGUUAAGCAAGUGAAAUCAAUGGUUUUGCAGUUCUAAAACGCACUGCACAUAGUCUGUUGGUAAUGCAUAUAAAGAUAUUUUCAAAAUCGAAAAAGUUGAUCAUAUACACUCUUAACUUUAUAGAUAAAGAUUAGUAGUUGACUCGAAAACUUAAUACGUUCCACGACUUAAGAGGGCGGGAUGGGGUCAUAUGGACGCUAAUAGAGACGCAUAGAUACAUGCAAUAAGUGAAAAUCGGGCAAUCAGUCAAGCUAGCGUUAACCAAUAUUCUAAAGACAGUUAAAGGGAGAGUGGACAAAAGCUAAUACGAUAUAUACCAAACAUAUUUUUGCCAGCAUAUACCUAACAUAUACACACAUCUGAUCUGAUAAUGAUAAACUAUAGUCCUAAACACUUCGAGGGAGAAUAGGCCAUGUUAAUAGUUGCAUACGACGAAUUUGAAACCCAAGUUAACCAGUUAACGAAAUAGCAAACAAAAAUGAAAUCAAGGGAUCUUGUACGAGAUGCGCACAAAAUCCCCCCUACAUAUAUAUUCAAAUAUUAAUCUUGUAGUACGCAUUAUAUCUAUUUCGUAGUUGUUCCAUUAUAUCUCUCAUACAUACACAAUAUGCCUUUCUACUGAUACUAAGCCCCGUACUUCUCCUGUGCAUUAUUAUAGCCUGCUGAGCGCAACAAUCAGUUUUACGUUUGUAUUUCGGAUUUCUUUGGAAAUUGUACUGAUUUUUUGCUUUUGAUAAGACAAUUAUGGUUUUUAUAUACAUAUAUCUAUAUAAAAUGUUAUCCUGUAUUGAUUAUGAAUCUAUUACCAUUAUGUACUUUAAUCAAACAAAAUACAUUAUUAGAUUUUUGCGAAUUU